AUGCCGCAAGAACGUGGCCCUCCAAGGAUCAACACGCUCGCAUGUCAACCUCAUCCAGUCGGCGAGAACGGCGAGGCUGUUGUGUGCGACGCCUCGUGCUCGCAUAUCAAGCCCCAAUUCAUCCGCUCCGAAUUUGGAUUUUUGCUGAGGACGGCAGGGGGGGUAAAGGAUUCGCUUCACGUUUCUCAACCCAGGUACUAUGUACUGCACGGCAGACCGGGGUUCGCGCCGUACGCCGAUCAUUUAAAUGGCCGCGGCGAGGUCAGCCAGCCAGUAUUCCACGAGAAUAUGACUAUAAGCAAGCCCGACGAUACGAUGAUCAUCUUCCCUCCUUCUCGAAAGCCACGCCCACCUGUCUUGGAUCUUUUCGUAGGGCGGUCACUGACUGUCGACCAUUCGCACCUCGCUGUAUCAUUACACGAAGACUUAUUGCGCAUCGAUGUGCAUUGCAGCGUUUUUUUUUUUGGAUCCCACGAAACUUCGCUCAGUGAACAUCAUAGGCAGCGUGCUUAA